AUGUUUCCGCCUGUAGAAGAUUCCGUUCUACAGAACAACCCGGACUUUACAAAUCUUUAUAAUAAACUUACUAAUGUCGUGCUUAAUCCGGAUGGGUCGACAAAGAACGACCCUCGUGCUAAAGAGCGGGCUGCAGUUCGAGAGGAACUUGACCGCAGACGUCUUAUUUGUGCCAAACAACAUCUCCUAAGUCGGGCCAUCUCAAGCUCAACACCAUCGAGUACACCGCCUGCGACAAGAGCAUCCUCUCGUCUACGAGCGCCCCAGAACCAUCAAGCAGUCGAGUCAAAGUCUCAACAACAGCAACAACCCUCGCUUCCAGAGCCUUUGCUAGAUCUCUUGAUCGUACUUCCUCCACUCCUUGACGCCAACAAUCCGCCUCUUCCUCAAGGUACUCUCCAGCUCUUGUUUGCGCAUCCUCCACUUUCAGACUUAGAGACACUUCUCCCAGCUCUUGCGCCGGUUAUCGCCUCAAAUUUACGUACGUGGGCAUUAGGCCUUGCGCGAAUCGCACACCCUUCUACGAAUCCCUCUUUCCUCCACCGUCACAUCGCUUCAUUGCCGAGUACAUUAUCAAGCUGGCGCUCCGAUCUCGCCACAGCCGAAUCGGACCUUAGCACUCACCGUUUACGCUCUCUCGCCGCCUUAAUAUCCGUCCUCCAUGCUGCAACCAAUGCGCUGAGUCUUCUCGUACGAGCUCUUGAGGUCAAGCAUGGCGUCGUAGCUCGCAGUCUGGAGCUUCGUGCAGCAGAAACCGCCCUACAAGCCCGGCGACACGACGCCGAUGCUUCUAUAGCUGCUACCUCUGUUCGUCGCGCAGUAUAUGCACCCGAGGCAAUUGAUGCUCUUAAGAACUACGGCACUCACUUGCGUGAUGCCCGUAUGCGAAGUGAAGAGCGCGUCCGUGGUCUGGCAGCUGAGCUACAAGACUACGGCGUCGGUGUCGAAGGCGGAGAGGGCAAGGAGAAGAAGAUGAGAGAGAUGGCGAGGGUCUAUCGAGACAUGAUAAGGCAGAUGGAUGAUGCAGGAAAGGACCUAGAUCGAUUAAACCAGGGAUGA